GAUCUCUCCGUUCGCAGCCAUGGUGGCGGCGGCCGAAUGGCGUCUUCCGCAGCUGUUGGCGUCGGUGGUGACGAAUGAGACGGCGCGCCUGCUGGGCUUGGAAGCGAGCAACGUGGAAACCACGUUUUGUGCUUUCCCCGAUGAACCACUGACUUCUAUUUCGGUUUGACAUCCAACUCACGGCAACUACAUGAGCACGUUUUUCAGCUACAGGUUAACUACAGGGGCGUCUUCGGAUCGUUAUCAUCUUCUUCUCACGUCCAGAACUGGCAUUGAAGGCACUCAGUGCGCAGUCGCGAAUGCACGCUACUGUCUUCCAGACCAGCGCCCAGCUGAAAGUCUAAUCGUGCAACAAAAGGUCCAGACGUCGACAAAUAGCCCAAAUAUCAAGGCUCCAGCUUUGUGUCUAGUGUCAUGACUAUUACUCUGAAUCCAACACGCGAUGGCACCCCACGACGUAUACCAAAGCUGGCCGUGAGGAACCGGACCAGCGAGCAUUCGACCUCUCACGAGGAUCUUAAACAACCGGAUCACCAGCAUCAUGACCUGAGGGGUGCUGCAGAGCAGCAAAGCUCCUGCGACUCAUUGCUCCAUCCUGCGUUUCGCCGUGAGCCAGGCUCCACGCCUUCCACUCGCUCAGCAGUAACGACAACUCGAAGUUCUGGAAGAAGUAACUUGGAGGCGGAAGCUGCAAGUGGAAAAGUGCCAACGAAGCGGAAAUCCAAAGGAGUUCUCGGCUUCCUCACGCUCAAGGAACCAUCCAUUUCGGCAUUCGAGGAAUUCGCAGAGCAAGAAAAGAAGAAGCUUGCAUCGCAGAAGGGCUCCAAUGUUCUGCGAGGUGUGAGUUCUCAAAAGCUUCCCGAGCAUGUGCCGAAAGUCAACAGCAAGUGGGACGGCCUGCCGGAAUCGACAAAACGAAGCACAGCAGAGAAGGACAGUUCCGCUCGACACUCUGCAAUGUCAUUCGUUAGCAGCCGAAGCGGGACUUCCGAUCGAGAUAGCGUGCUGUCGAAUGGACCAGCUUUUCCCUCAUUGAGCUCACGAAUGCGCCAGUCGAACGAGAAGCAUCGUCCCCUGACAACUACCACGGAGACUCGACUUGAGAGAGCAACAGCUUCUUUGGAACGGAUCAAGCAUUCGUCAGUCGAGGCCCUGCAGUCUGGAUCGGGUGAACAGCGCCGCUCAGCUCGCGGAUCUGAAGACUCAGGCUCCUUUUACAGCUUCUCAUCACAUCCCGAUACUCCUCCCGGGCUAGAGCCCUCAACAUAUCCAAGCUCGGCGUGCACACCCACAACACCGGAUAGCAUGCCUCGGACGCCCAAUCUCGAGAGCAAUGUGACGAUAGAGUCGAAACUUCAUCCUCAAUGCAAUCCAUGGAGCUCCAAAGCCGAUGCGGCGCCAUUUCAGAACUCCGAUAUCCGAGACUUUAGGCAUGCCUCGAACUAUCACGACAGAACUUGUUUUUCCAAACCUCACGUUAAAGGCAAUGCUGCCCAAAGAACAAACGUAGCAGCUAUCACUCCUCACAGCUCAGUGGCAUCAAAAGACGUCGCUCCAUGGGAAGCAUUCGAGCCUCCGAGUGACUCAGCUCAGGCUCCUCCACGAAGUACGACAUCCAACAACCCAAGUGCUGGUCACAAAUUAUCGCAGCGAUUCGGCGCCAAAUUGGGCUUGAAGUAGCGCUGGUGUCCAUUCAAAGUGUUUCAUGAAUCAUCUGGUAACAGUAUUAUACCCUUACGGCAGCACAAAACUGCGGCAGGCGCAAAAAGGAAGGAACACGGGACAGAACAUAG